CUAAUUAAUAAAACAUAUUUUCAGUAGUUGGUAACGCGACAUACUUUAUGAAAUUUGCUUGCUGUCAUUUUUUGUUUGUUUAUAUAUUAUCGUCUGAUUAAAGCGGGUAAUGCGAUAUAAUCAAAUAUGGAAGAGUUGAGUCAAAGAAAUAUAGCGAAUUGCUUGGUACAAUUUAUACUUAAUAAUGCUGCAUCCAAAAUACCAAUAAAGGCGAGCGAUAUGGCGCAAAUUGCUAAUGUGCCUUCAAAAUCUCUUGCAGUGCCUUUAGAACAUGUUGGUGAAAUAUUGAAAAAGAAUUUCGGUAUAAUACUUCAAGUUGUACCUAAUGUUUCACCCAAGCGGUAUAUAUGCAUUUCGGAGCUUUGUGGAGUAACACCAUUGCAACUUGACGAAAAACAAAAAAGAGAACAAAUACUGUUAUUUAUAAUUUUAGCAUAUAUCUUUAUGAUUCAAUCGCCAUUGCAAGAAGAACGUUUGGAGAAAUUUUUAUAUACUCUUGAUAUUAAUGUAAAUGAAAAUCACCCAUUUUUCGGUAAUGUUAAAAAAUUAAUUACUGACACUUUUAUCAAACAGUUGUACCUGAAACGAGAAAAAAGGCAUUCCGACGUCGAUGCUGAAACACAGUUUAUUUACUCUUGGGGUUAUCGCAGUACUGUAGAAUAUACAAAAAUGGACAUUUUAAAUGCUACAGCAAAUAUAAUGGGUAAAAGUCCCGAUUUUUUUAUUGACCAAUAUAAAGAAGCACAAAGAACUGAAAACCCAGAAAAUGUGGAUCAAUAAUGAGUAAAGCAAUCUUGUAUAAUUCAUAGAAAUAAUUUUAUGUAUAUUCCAGUUAUAAAAAGAUUAAUUUUAAAAAAAAUAA